AUUCAAGUGACACGUUUUUGAACUGAAAAUUGUGAUGUCGAUUGUGUACAUGGCAUAAAUUCAAUUUCUGUAAUUUUUUACGUGAUUAAUAAUGUGUAUAAGUGAAUUAUCACAAAUAAUUUAAAUAAUGGCGUUCGUAAGCGCUGUUACCGGUGAUGACUCCACGAAGAAAUUCAUGGAAGUCCUCCAAAGUGAUUUCAAGACAUUGAGUUUGGAGACCAAGAAGAAAUAUCCUCAGAUAAGAGAGGCAUGUGAUGAAGCAAUAGAAAAGCUAUCUUUGGCAUCAAAUAAUCCGCAAGCCUCAUUAUACGGAGUGGUCAACCAGAUUCUAUACCCAUUAGUACAAGGCUGCGAGUCCAAGGAUCUCAAAAUUAUAAAGUUCUGCCUAGGAACGAUUCAGCGUUUGAUCGCCCAGCAAGGUAUAGACGCCAAAGGAGCCAGACAUGUGGUCGACUGUCUCUACAACUUGGGACAGGCCGGAGUGCUGGAGCUGAAGCUACUGCAGACCGCUGCGCUGCUGAUGACCACAUCAGAUCUAGUGCAUGGAGAUACAUUAGCUAGGACGAUGGUGAUGUGCAUGCGCAUGGUGUCUCCGUCGGAGAGUCGUGACGUCAGCACGAGCCACGCGGCCGCCGCCACCGUGCGACAGCUCGUCGCGCUCGUCUUCGAGAGGGCGCUGGCCGAAGCCGAUGGGACGCUUAAAGUGAACCCCGCCGAUAUAAGGCCACAGACGAAUAAUAAGGCGCCGAAGGACCUCAAACCUUGUGCUGUCGAUGCUUACCUCAUACUACAGGAUAUAAUACAGUUAGUGAAUGGUGAUUCGGCGCACUGGCUGGUCGGCAUCUCGGACGUGCCCAAGACCUUCGGCUUGGAGCUCCUAGACACAGUACUGACUGACUUCUCGCCUGUGUUCUUUAAGAUAGCUGAGUUUCGGUUUUUGCUUAAAGAACACGUGUGUGCUUUAAUCAUCAGACUAUUCUCACCGAAUGUCAAAUACAGGGCCGCCUUCACGUCGCUGCACAUCCCGGGCGCGGGCGCGGCGGGCGCGGGCGGCGCGGCCCCCGAGCGGCCUCACUUCCCCGUCACCAUGCGCCUGCUGCGCCUCGUGUCCAUCAUCGUGCACAAGUACCACGCCGUACUGGUGACCGAAUGUGAGAUAUUCCUGUCUCUCACGAUAAAGUUCCUGGACCCCGACAAGCCGAUGUGGCAGCGAGCCUUAGCUUUGGAAGUGCUGCACAAAAUGACCAUACAGCCGAACCUCCUGAAAGCCUUCUGCGAGUGCUACGACAUGAAGCCGCACGCCACCAACAUAUUCCAGGACAUUGUGAACGCGCUCGGGGCCUACGUGCAGAGCCUGUUCGUCGCAUCCAAUGUUAAUACUGCGGCCGGAUCAUCAGGUAUACCCCAGCAGUCUGGUUUCUACUGGAAGGGAGUCUGGUUGCCGCUCUGCGUCACCUUCGAACCCGGCACUGCAAAAUCUGUAUACAUAGAGAUGCUAGACAGAGCGGAAGCGCCGACGAUACAGGAUGGUUACGGCAUCUCCGUGGCCUACGCGUGCCUCAUGGAGAUCAUUCGGUCCAUCGCUAUUAGUAUAGAGGGCGCUGAGUACUUCAGAUUACAAGAAAUGUACGAAGAUAUACAAAACGACACAGAAGAAAGAGAAGUCAAUUCAAAUAAAAAUGGAAGCAAUAAAGAUUCUGAGAAUAAAACACAAGAUAAAUUAAUAACGAACAAUUCACACAACGGGGAAGCUGAUCAGAACUCCAACGUGGUCCAGAAGAUAGAAGAUGAUGUACAGGAUAAAGAGAAGCAGCUACGGUUGCAGUUAUUAAAGUCUUCAUGGUGCGGCCUAGUGUGGGGUCUAUCAGUGCUUGCCGAAGCGAGUAUCGGUGAACUGGAGAACAUACUGCGCGCCAUACAGACGCUGGCGAGGGUCAGCGGUAAGGUGGGUCACGCGACGGGUCGCGACGCGUGCGUGAGCGCGCUGUGCCGCUGCGCGCUGCCGGCGCAGUACGUGGUGCCGGCGCUGGGCGCGCUGGGGGCGCUGCCGUGCCCCUGGCGCCGCGAGCCGCCGCCGCCGCCCGACCCCGACUACAGGCACCAGGUGGUCUGGGUCGGCACGCCGCUGCCCUCCGCCUCGCUGCCCACCGGUCAACAGCAGUCCUUCGUGAUGGUGACCUCCCGUCACGUGACGGCUAUGAAAGCACUACUGUGUGCUGCACAGCGUGAUGGAGACACGAUCCAGCAGGCCUGGCUACCAGUCCUCACCACAUUGCAGCAUUUGGUUUGGAUCUUGGGUUUGAAGCCGUCUACCGGCGGCAGUAUGAAGGCAAGCCGCGCAAGCGCCGACGCAAACGCAGUCAUGAGCACUUCCGCUGUCAUGGCCGACCUGCCUGGUCAGCAAGUUCCCGUGGCCGAGUCUCUCGGAGUUAUGAGUGCCCUAUCGGCUAUGCUCUCUCGCGUGUUCGAGUCCUCAAAGAACUUGGAUGACGUGGCGCUGCACCAUUUGAUCGACGCUCUCUGCAAAUUAUCCAACGAGGCUAUGGAGUUGGCGUACUCUAAUCGGGAACCAUCGUUGUUCGCGGUUGCUAAAUUAUUAGAGACAGGACUAGCGAAUAUGCACAGGAUAGAAGUUAUGUGGAGGCCGAUAACUAAUCAUUUGUUAGAGGUCUGCCAACACCCUCACAUCAGGAUGCGAGAGUGGGGUGUCGAAGCCAUCACUUAUUUAGUACAAGCAGCUUUCCAGUACCACCACAAUAACCCCGUACUUGUCACCGAGGCUCGGGAACGUCUUCUUCUAGAGCCUCUGUCUGAGUUAUGCGCAGUCCGGCAAUGCGACGUGCGCGCGAGACAGUUGGAGUGUGCAGCCAGGCUCCUGCACUCCCGAGGAGACCAGCUCGGGGCCGCCUGGCCGCUCAUGAUGGAGAUCAUCUCCGCCAUCUCCUCACACCACAGCGAGCAGCUGAUCCGCUCGGCGUUCCAGUGCGCGCAGGUGGUGGCGGGCGACCUGCUGGGCUGCGCGGGCCCGCGCUGUCUGCGCCAGGUGCUGGCCGCCGCCGCCGCCUUCGCCACGCAGACCAAGGAGCUCAACAUCAGUCUCACUGCUGUGGGACUCAUGUGGAACAUAUCAGACUACCUGUACCACAACCGCGACAAGCUGGUGCUAGCGCUGGCGUCGGACGCGGCCGUCUGCCCCGAGGUGCCCAACCACGCCGAGCUGCCGCCGCUCGACAAGCUGUGGAUGUGUCUCUACAUCAGGCUCAGCGAGCUGUGCACGGAGGCCCGGGCGCCGGUGCGGCGCGCGGCCAGCCAGACGCUGUUCAGCUGCAUCGGCGCGCACGGGACGCUGCUCAGCAAGCCGGCCUGGCGCGCGCUGCUGGCUGUGCUCUUCCCCAUGCUCGAGGAGGUCCAAAAACAGUCGAACAUAGCAAGCUCUGAAAAGGUGGACACUGGCGAACACAUCCUGAUUCAUCACACGAGAAACACGGCCCAGAAACAGUGGGCUGAAACACAGGUGCUGACUCUAUCAGGAGUGUCGAGGGUUUUCCACUCGAGGUUCCAGCUCCUCACGACUGUGGGAGACUUCAAUAGAUCCUGGACGGCUUUACUGGACUAUAUCACGGACUUCGCCUUGAGGAGAAGUCAUGAGGUGUCAGUGGGCGCCCUGAAGUCUUUCCAAGAGGUGGUCUCGGCGGCGGGUCGCGCGACGGACGUGGACCCCGCCCUCAUGAAGCGCGUGUGGGCGGCGGCCUGGGCGGCCUGGACCAACAUCGCUGCUUCCUCGCAUUCUGAACCGCCACCGUCAGAAGACGGCAAGCCGGUGGAGGUUUACGCCCCCUCACAGAACUUCCUCACCACGCUGGUGCAGAUCUUCCCACUCAUCUUCCAACACAUACGGCCCACGUUCACAGCAGCGGACGUGACCCAGCUAGGCCAGUGCCUGUCUCACGUGUGCAGUACGGAGCCGUCAGCGGCCGCGUCCGCGCUGGACUCGCUGGCGGCCGCUGCGCCCGUCAGCCUGCACGCGCUGCACUGUCUCGACAUCGUGCAUAAGGAAGCCCUCCAGCGCCACGAGCUGCUGGCGGCCCUGUUCGGCGCGCUGACGUCGCUGGCGGCGUCGUGCAGCUCGCGCGCGGGCGGGGCGGCGCCGCGCUGCCUGGCCGCCGCCGCCGCGCUCUACCGCGCCGCGCCCGCCGCCGCCUGCCACGUGCUGCCGCACCUGCUGCUGGCGCUGCAUUCCUCCGUUCUCAAGUAUGGACAAGACAAGCGGCGGAAAACCGCGGAACAAAUGGAAGAGACUGCACAGAUCUCAUCGUUAUUAUUACAGGUAUUAAGCACUGGUCUCCCGCUCGCGCGAGAGAGCCCGGAGGAGUACAAAGAGUUCUGGGAGACGUUACCCAGAGUGCUGGAGACAUUCCUGUUUGAGCCGCCUGUGGGCGGUGGCCGUGCAGCGCGCCAGCUGGUGGUGGCCCUCCGCGAGCAGGCGCUGCGCGCGCGGCCCCGCCUGCCGCCGCAGCACGCGCGCGCGCUGCUGGCGCUGGUGCGCGCCGGCUCGCUGCACACGCAGCCGCCGCUGCCUAUACAAAAUGAACAAGAACUAAAGGAACGCGAAGAGUUCGCGCGCACGUGCUUCGAGACCCUCCUGCAGUACUCCAUGCUGGAGGACAUCGACACCUUCGCGGGAGUUGAGAACGACACGGACCCGCUCGCGAUAGUGGCGCUGCUGGACAGAUUCCAGGAGGUUAUAUCGAAGUACACGCAAGACGAGGACAACACGGAACCCCUUCCAAGACAUCAGCUAUCGGAGAUCUCGUUCGUGCUGAAGGCGGUGGCAACCCUCACAGAGUCCAUGAAGAAGGCGCCCCCCGGGAAGGUCGACGCUGUGGCCUGGCACAAGCUCAUAGGUGUGUACCCGUCGCUGGCGCGGCUGGCGGCGAGCGCGCGCGCGGCGGGCGCGGGCGCGGCGCUGCGGGACGCGCUGCUGCCGUUCGGCGCGCUGCUGGCGCCGCCGCUAUAGCCAGGCCCCACCACCAGGGUGCUCUACACCAUACACAUCUAGCUGCCGCCGCUCCUCGCACAGUUACGUCACAGCUUAAACCGACGUACAGAGGGCGCCACAUACCGAUAAUGAUAUAGUUAUUACAUGAAUAUAAAUUAAUAUAUUGUAAUACCAUGAACUUGUUUAUAUUAAGUUACGUUAGUUAGUUUAAAAUGUUAUAGAUAGAAAUAUAUUCGCUGUGUCGAUAUGCAACAUAUAGCAUAAAUUGUUGUCCGAAUUUAGAUGAAAUUUUGCAGGUAGAUAGACGGAAUCCUGAAUUAAAAUAGGUAAUUUUGUUUUAUUUUUUUAUAUUUGCAGAAUGGAAAAGAUUUCAGAAAAUGUAGGGAAAUCAUUUCCCUGAUUCUUUUUGUGAUAUUUUCAAAGCCUUCAUUCUUAUUUAUUCGAAAACGGCACUGACAAAUGUUGAAGGAAAAUAGUGUGUGAGUCGACAACACGCAGUGAGCUCGUGAUAAGGAUGAGGCCUGUGCCCAGUGUAUAUAGGCUGAUAUUAAUAUUAUUCUGAAUAUAUGGCGGCUACCUAACUUAUGAAACUGCUUUAUAAUAUUUCAUCUAAAAUAAACCAUGUGCAUGGUUAAUAUGCAUCCCCUCCUACAGUUAGAUAACUUUUAAAAAGAAACUGCAUGUGUAACAUGUCGACACAGUUGUAAAAAAUAUUUUGUAUUUUAUAAAAGAAAUGUUAUUAAUUUAAUUGAAAUGUACUUUAGUUCAUACACAAUGGUUAAUGUUGGUAUUACAUAAACAUACAACCUAAGCUUUGCAAAUAAGUAAUUUAUUUAUUUUUAUACUAAAUCUACCUUUAUUUUGUUUAUUUAGAAACAUAGCAAUGAGGCCUAUACAUGGAAAGAUUGCUAUACAAAAUUAACUUAAAAGUAAAAGACCAUUUUUACCCGACUGUGUCAGACAAAGGGUUUAAUGCGUGUGGUUGGUACUAUGAGAAUGAUUUUAGACUGAUAGCUUUACAAACCACUUUAUGUUAUUCCAGCAUUCUCCAUUCUGUAUUGACAAUAAAACAUUCCUAACAAUCGGUCGAUAUAUAAGUUUAUGAAUUUUGUAUAUAUUACUAUUAUUAUUUAAAGAGCUGUUACAUAUGGCAAUAUUUGAUGAAAAUCUCACGCGGUCGGUUUUCGUUUUGCAAGUUAAAUGAGGUGUGAUAAACAAAUAUUUGUAUUUUAUAUUUUAGUAUAAAUAAUACCGAAUUGUGUAAAAAUUUAGUGUUUAAAGAAAUAUUGAUAGUCGAAGUUGGAAAUUUCGAUAAAAUCUUUGUUUAUCCUGGAUAUUUUUAGUUUAGGAUAAUCGUAUUUUUUUUUCUUGAAAUCUUUUUUUUGUUAUAAACCACAAAUUUAUGUUACAAAGGCAACCUACAAAUAGUCCAAAUGAAUAUAAUAAAACGCAAUGUACCAUGAAAAAAAAAGAAUAAAUAAUUAGUAUUAUUUAUACUACGAUAUUUCUAUUUUAAGCAGCUAUAAAAUAAUAAAACCCGUUUGCACUUGCUAAGUCGCAUAUAGCAAUUAAAAUAACGAUAACUGACAAAUAAACUAGUUCAUUAAGAAAAUAUCACGCCAUAGACAAUAGCUGUUACUUAACAGUUUCUCCGGCUUAAGAUUAUGAGAAAGAUAAAAUAGAUUUAUGACAAAGAUAAAUAUAGAAGUAAAAAGUUUUCUAAAGUGUCAUACAGAAAUAAUAGAUAACAGCUUUGCUCAAAUAGAAUAAAUAUUAUAAAGAACAUGAUUCAAUGGCUUUUUUACUAUAGAAUACAAAAUGAAAUGAUCAAUGUUACAUAUUUGUAGAAAUAAAAUACUAAGUGUAGAUUCAGAAAUCAAUUAGCCAUUUGUUUACUUCAAACAGGUUAACAUUAUACGUGUCUCUUUGACUAAAAGUAAAAAAAACGCGUCUAAGGGCCGUUAACUUCUAUGUGACGAAUAAAUAUGGGCGUUUGUCAUAUUCUCGAUACAAAAGCUGUCAAAACGUCAAACAUAUUCGUUCGGUCAAAGUUAUCUGGCGAUGGAAAAAUCGGCCCUAAAAAGACAAAUGUAAUUCAUAACAAUAAAGAUUACCAAUUCAAUAUACUGCAGAAAUUUAUCAGUCGUUUAUUGAUUUGAGUUAGAAAGGCACUAAUAUUGUUGACCUUUUAUUAAAUACCGAAUAUAAAUGUAAAUUAUGGAGAUUCAAUCGCAUGUCUUCCUUGAUCUAGACUCCUACAUACACACAUGCAACACACAUAUUUUUAAUCGUUAUACAAAAUUAUAGCAGCUCAAGGUUUUUUCUAUCCUAUCAUGACUCAUAUCUGGGCAAAGGCAUAUAAAGGCAAAUAAUAACAGACCAUUACGCCAAGCAGGGCCCCGAUUUAUUGUGGCCGAUGAGUGAAUGGCAAAUGGAUUAAAUUUACGAAACCCCGACUUUUCAUAAACUGCAGUGUCAAUAGUACCGUAGCCAUAUUAAAAAUAACGAAAAUAAAUUCGUUUCGGAAACCAGAGUUAUCCUGAUAAGGCACAGAGUUUCAAUUAAAUAAUAAGUAAUAGACAAACUAAGGUUUUGUAAAAUGGCGCUAGUGUAGUUUAGAAAUAUUUUCUAUGUAAAUUAUGUAUAUAAAUUGUUAAAAUAAAGUUUUAGAUAGUA